UUGUGCUUUUCUUGGAGAACAAGUGGCUUUACUUUCUUCGCUAUAAAACGCAGACUCAGAAUCAGGUUGCUACUAAUCUCAGAUGGCGACGACGGCGUUGAACGUUCCACAGAUGAGGCCCAAGACGAAGAUCGUCUGCACGCUCGGACCUGCAUCGAGGUCUGUGCCCAUGGUCGAGAAGCUUCUCCGAGCAGGCAUGAACGUCGCUCGAUUCAACUUCUCUCAUGGCUCCCAUGAAUACCACCAGGAAACGCUUGACAAUCUCAGGGCCGCCAUGGAAAACACCGGUAUUCUCUGCGCCGUCAUGCUCGAUACUAAGGGGCCUGAGAUUCGAACCGGAUUUCUCAAGGAUGGCAAGCCGAUCCAACUUAAACAUGGUCAGGAAAUAACCAUUUCAACUGACUAUAGCAUAAAGGGAGAUGAGAAUACGAUCUGUAUGAGCUACAAAAAGUUGGCUGAGGAUGCGAAGCCUGGGAGUGUCAUACUCUGCUCAGAUGGCACCAUAUCAUUUAAAGUCUUGUCAUGUGACACAAAAUUGGGUUUGGUUCGAUGCCGCUGUGAGAAUUCUGCCAUGCUUGGCGAGAGAAAGAAUGUUAAUCUGCCUGGAGUUGUAGUUGAUCUCCCGACUUUGACUGAAAAAGACAAGGAAGAUAUCAUGGCCUGGGGAGUUCCCAAUAAAAUUGACAUGAUUGCGCUUUCUUUUGUUCGAAAAGGUUCUGAUCUGGUGGAAGUUCGGAAACUGCUGGGACACCAUGCUAAAAACAUUCUUCUCAUGUCAAAGGUUGAAAAUCAGGAAGGGGUUGCAAAUUUUGAUGAAAUCCUUGCAAACUCAGAUGCAUUUAUGGUGGCACGUGGUGAUCUUGGAAUGGAAAUUCCAAUAGAGAAGAUAUUUCUUGCACAGAAAGUGAUGAUUUAUAAGUGCAACAUCAAAGGAAAACCAGUUGUUACUGCAACCCAGAUGUUGGAGUCAAUGAUCAAAUCUCCUCGGCCAACAAGAGCUGAAGCUACUGAUGUUGCAAAUGCAGUCCUGGAUGGCACUGACUGUGUGAUGCUUAGUGGUGAAACAGCUGCUGGAGCUUAUCCAGAACUUGCUGUUCAAACAAUGGCUAAAAUAUGUGUUGAAGCAGAGAGCACCCUUGACUAUGGAGAUGUGUUUAAAAGGAUAAUGGAGCAUUCACCAGUACCUAUGAGCCCAUUGGAGAGUCUAGCUUCUUCUGCUGUUAAAACAGCCAACUCAGCUAGAGCUGCUCUUAUCUUGGUUUUAACUAGAGGAGGAAGUACUGCAAAAUUAGUGGCGAAAUACAGGCCAGGCAUGCCAAUUCUUUCUGUUGUUGUUCCUGAGAUUAAGACUGACAGCUUUGACUGGUCAUGCAGUGAUGAGGCCCCAGCCAGGCAUAGCUUGGUAUUCCGAGGAUUAAUUCCAAUUUUAAGUGCGGGUUCUGCUAGAGCUUCUCAUGCAGAAACAACCGAUGAAGCUAUAGAAUUUGCGAUUCAACAUGCCAAGACAAAGGGUCUGUGCAAUAAUGGAGAUUCUGUUGUGGUUCUGCAUCGUGUGGGUAAUGCAUCAGUCAUCAAAAUCUUGACUGUGAAAUGAUCUCCAGUUAAGAGUACGGUGAAAUUCUACAGCAGUUUUGACAAAAACAAUUUUGUGGGGAAGUGGUCAUCACAUACAUUUUCUGGUUUACAUUGGAUGAUGCAAAACAUCAAUUAAUUUUUUAGGAUGGUUCCUAUCCAUAUCUUACUGUUUUUCUUUUUGAUGUUUGAUUUAUAGUUCUUGGUUUUCAAUUUUGUGGCGACUUCUUUUCAUUUGUUAAGAUUACGUACGAAAGAUUUGGUAUACUGAAAGUGGCCAUCUUCAGGAUUUUGAUUUUCUUACUGGCAGUGUUUCAGAUCUGAAAUUUGUGGGUACGCAUAUAUGCACAAUUCUCAUUUUAUGUUCCCUUUUUCA